AUGCACCAGUGUAAGUCACUCAACAAAAUCAAAGAAGUCAUUCAUUCGUGUCUCGAUAACAAAGGUGGGCUUGUGGAACUCCUAAACAAAUGCAAACUGUCUAUUUUCUCCCUCACAACUGUACGAAUUGAAAGCUCUGAUACUAAGGGACGAUUUGAGGAUUCAUCCCUCGUGGAUAUUGACUGCUGGCCUCAACUCACAUUCUUUUUCAAGCCUUUGUCGGCAAUUUUGAGCAGCUCUUCUCUGUGCCAGGUAAUUUCUGGGUUAUCGAGAGGUUUCCACUCUGGUCUCACAUAUAUUGUUGCUCACUUUCCAUCUGCGGAUGGCAGUGGGCAUGAAGUGCAUUUUUUGGAGUUGUCUGGCAACGACACACUCGAAUGUAUCCUCGAAAUACCCAUUUCCGGGAGUUUGAUGGAACACAGCGAUUUUAUCUGGAAAAUCACUCGUUGCAUUUUUCACCGAAGACCCGAUCACGGUGAAUGCCUUCAUCCCACACUGACAUCGGCACUUCUAGUCGACGAGAGUUCUCCGGAAGUUUGUAUUCUGUACCUUCUAAUGGUUCUCGGGUUCUUGUGGCCAUUUUAUGACUGGGACAGGGUUCUGUCACGUGUCCCUCCUAUUGAGACUCCACUUUGCGCAUUUUGGUGUUAUAUCGCUCCUUUCGUCCUCAAUAGAUUUUCCCGCCUGCACUGUUGCAGCGACCGGCUUGAAGUUAAUUUUUUAACAGAAUUCAGACGACUUUGCAUGAGGUUAUCUGUACCCACAGUGGCGGGACAGGGUUGCUUGCAGGCGGUGCGGUUCCUUGAAAGCACCAGCUUCCAUGGUGACUCGACAGUUUUGGACGUUGUCGGUGGCUUCUUGCUGCCCCACGUGGAUGAUGCAUCCGACUUCAUCUCGCACUGCUCCACCAGCCUCCGUCUUGAUAUUAUGCAGUCACAGGCGCUGUGCACGUUGCUGAGUGACUUUGAUCCCCGAUUCAUAACAGCCCUGUUUGGGAGCACCAGCUUGCUGCAGGCACACAUGCGCGACUUGGUGAGGUUUUCGGGAAUCCAAGGCGACAAUGAGAUUUCCCAGUGGCUGCGGUUCGCCCUGCCGCUUUACCAGGACUGUCUCUACCAGCUCCGUGAUGACUCCCCCGAUGUGCGUUGCGUCUUUCAGGUGAAGGGGACCGGUGCUGACCGCCUGAUAGCCCACGAGGUGGAGUGCUUCCUGCGAAGGCAACGCACAGCCGAGCUGUGCACAGCCUCCCUUGCCCUGUUGGCUCGACGCGCCUGCCGAGGGGCUCUGCGGCGCCACCUCGAUCGAACACCGCUGCCUCGGUGUGCUUUGAGCCAGUACAUCGAACAACUGCCGGUGCCCGCCAAAUUCAAGUGCAUGCUUCUUUCCAAUGGUUGUGACACAUCCACUCUUUUUUGA